CUGCUUGUCACAAGGUGAACGCAACAAAUAGCAGCAGUACAACUUUCCCAAUUAGGAGAAUGCUUUUUUAAUGUGUAACCUUUCUCCAAAAAUUCAGGCCAUAUUUGGUGGAUAAAGAACCUUUAUUAAAGGAUGAAGGGCAGAUGUCAGCUGCAGGGCUCUUCACUCCACUUGAUUGAAGGUUUAGAGUCAAAGCAAGUCCUGACAGAUCCUGCUCUUCUUUUUGGAAUCCAACCCACCCUAGGUAAAAGCUGUGCUUGGUUUGAGUUGAACAGGAAUGACCCUCAGUUAGGACUUACAUUUUUGUGGUUUAACUAGAAAUGUGCAAGUUUUAUUGUUAAUACUCUAAGUAAAUGGGUGUCUAUUCUCAUCAUGGUUUUUAUGGCAUAAUUCUGUAUUGAAAUUCAAAGUAUUAAAACACGAGUUUUGAAUGGUGUAAAGAUUGUACGGCAGCUUGAGGCAAAGCUGAGAUUUUGUAAUUCGGCAACAUAAAUAAAACUGACUGAAAGUCUUUUGCCUCUGUACAUAUUAGUUUUUGACUGACACCACACUAUUGCAGCAAUAAAAAAAUGUCAUGAGUGGGUGGGCAGGUGGCAUUCUUGGUCUGCAACAACAGUUCUGAGAGUGGUACGUGUGACACUCACAUGAAUGUCAUAAUACAAGAUUUUGCAGCAGAACACUGCAUUUUAAUGACAUGAUUGCUGUUCUUCUGUUUUGAUGUUGUAGCUUAUUCCUGCAUCUUUUCGCACUUUACCUGGUAACUGAUGGCUAAACGACUGCAGUUCACACCGUUAAUAAUCGUCAAUGAAUGAUUCUAGCUUGCAUUCAUUGUUAGAGACUAACGUUCACAUUUGUAACAGGUUGAAAAAUGGGGGAUGCUGCCAUGAAAGAGUUUGGGGCGGCGGCUCCUUACCUGAGAAAGUCAGAUAAGGAGCGUCUGGAGGCCCAGACUCGCCCAUUUGAUAUGAAGAAAGAGUGCUUUGUUCCUGACCCUGAAGUUGAGUACGUAAAAGCAACCAUCACUAGCCGCGAUGGCGACAAAGUCACUGCUGACACCGAAUUUGGAAAGACCGUCACAGUGAAGGAUUGCGAUGUGCACCCUCAGAACCCGCCAAAGUUCGAUAAAAUUGAAGACAUGGCGAUGUUCACCUUCCUCCAUGAACCAGCUGUGCUGUUUAACCUCAAAGAGCGUUACGCAGCGUGGAUGAUCUACACCUACUCUGGGUUGUUCUGUGUGACUGUCAAUCCCUACAAGUGGCUGCCAGUCUACAACCAGGAGGUGGUCGCUGCCUACAGAGGAAAGAAGAGGAGUGAAGCUCCUCCUCAUAUCUUCUCCAUCUCUGACAAUGCCUACCAGUACAUGCUGGCAGACAGAGAAAACCAGUCAAUCCUUAUCACUGGAGAAUCUGGAGCUGGAAAGACUGUCAACACCAAGCGUGUCAUUCAGUACUUUGCCAGCAUUGCUGCUGUCCCAAGUGGGAAGAAAGAUUCAGCUGCAGAGAAGAAGGGAACCCUUGAAGAUCAAAUCAUCCAGGCUAACCCUGCUCUAGAGGCCUUUGGCAAUGCCAAGACCAUCAGGAAUGACAACUCCUCCAGAUUUGGGAAAUUCAUCCGUAUUCACUUUGACAACCGAGGAAAGCUGGCCUCUGCUGACAUUGAAACUUACCUUCUAGAAAAGUCUCGUGUGACCUUCCAGCUCAAAGCUGAGAGGGACUACCACAUUUUCUACCAGAUCCUGUCUCAGAUAAAGCCUGAACUUCUAGAGAUGCUGCUCAUUACCAACAACCCUUAUGACUACGCCUUCAUCUCCCAAGGAGAGACAACAGUAGCCUCUAUCAAUGAUUCUGAAGAGCUGAUGGCCACUGAUGAAGCCUUUGAUGUUCUGGGCUUCACUCAAGAAGAGAAGAACAGUAUUUACAAGCUUACUGGUGCAAUCAUGCACUAUGGCAACAUGAAGUUUAAACAGAAGCAGAGAGAAGAGCAGGCAGAGGCCGAUGGUACUGAAGAUGCUGACAAAGUUGCAUAUCUGAUGGGCCUGAACUCUGCUGACCUCAUCAAAGGUCUCUGUCACCCAAGAGUCAAAGUAGGAAACGAGUGGGUCACCAAGGGACAAAAUGUGGCCCAGGUGAACUACGCUAUCGGUGCGCUGUCAAAGUCAGUGUAUGAGAAGAUGUUUCUGUGGAUGGUAAUGAGAAUCAACCAGUCCCUGGACACCAAACAGCCUCGUCAGUAUUUUAUUGGGGUGCUUGACAUUGCUGGAUUUGAGAUCUUUGAUUUCAACACCUUUGAGCAGAUGUGCAUCAACUUCACCAACGAAAAACUGCAACAGUUUUUCAACCACCACAUGUUUGUACUGGAGCAGGAAGAGUACAAGAAAGAGGGCAUCGAAUGGACUUUCAUUGACUUUGGCAUGGAUCUGCAGGCCUGUAUCGACCUGAUUGAAAAGCCCAUGGGUAUCAUGUCCAUCCUUGAAGAGGAGUGCAUGUUCCCCAAAGCCAGUGAUGACUUUAAAGCUAAGCUCUAUGACAACCACCUGGGAAAAUCCAGCAACUUCCAGAAGCCCAGAGUUGUCAAAGGAAAACCAGAGGCUCAUUUUGCCCUGGUUCACUACGCUGGAACUGUUGAUUACAAUAUCAACAACUGGUUGGUGAAGAACAAGGAUCCUCUGAAUGAGACUGUUGUGGCAUUGUACCAAAAGUCGACCGUCAAACUGCUUGCAACUCUCUUUGCAAAUUAUGCAGGAGCUGACUCAGCUGAAUCUGGUGGGAAGGGCAAAGGUGGAACCAAGAAGAAAGGUUCUUCCUUCCAAACUGUAUCAGCUUUGCACAGGGAGAACCUGAACAAGCUGAUGACCAACUUGAGGUCGACUCACCCUCACUUUGUACGCUGCAUCAUCCCCAACGAGACCAAGACUCCAGGGGCCAUGGAGAACCCUCUGGUGAUGCACCAGCUGCGCUGUAACGGUGUGCUGGAAGGCAUCAGGAUCUGCAGAAAGGGUUUCCCCAACAGGAUCCUCUAUGGAGAUUUCAAGCAGAGGUAUCGCAUUUUAAACCCAAGUGCUAUUCCUGAAGGACAGUUCAUUGAUAACAAAAAGGCUUCAGAGAAGCUUUUGGGCUCUUUGGAUAUAGAUCACAACCAGUACAAACUGGGUCACACCAAGGUAUUCUUCAAAGCUGGGUUGCUUGGACUGCUGGAGGAGAUGCGAGAUGACCGUUUAGCUCUAAUCAUCACGAGGAUACAAGCAAGAUCCCGAGGUGUUCUUGCAAGAAUUGAAUUUCAGAAGAUUGUUGAACGCAGGGAUGCUCUUCUUGUGAUCCAGUGGAACAUCCGUGCCUUCAUGGGGGUCAAAAAUUGGCCCUGGAUGAAGAUGUUCUUCAAGAUCAAACCUCUGCUGAAGUCAGCAGAG